AUGGCGCGAGUCGAGCCGCGGGUGGACGACGACCGCGCCUCCCUCGCCGACGCCGCGGCGUCGCGGUGCCGCGCCCGCGCCGACGUCGUUCGCGACGCGUUGGCGAGCGCGCAUCGCGAGUUCACCGCGCGCGGCACCCUGGACGAGCCCCUCGUCUCCGCCGCGCUCGACGCCUUCGACGGGAGGAUCGCGCGCGCCGUGGCGCACGAUGCGCCCGCGCUGGGCGGGUUCGUGGACGCGACGGAGGCGCAACUGCUGAAGCGCGACCACGGCGCCGCGCUGUCCAACCUGCUCGCGUUCGCGCGCGCCACCGCCGUCGCGCGUUCGAGGCUCGCAGUCGACGUCGCCUCGUCAUCACCCCACGAACGCGCCCGCCUUCACGAGACGACCGGCGAGGGCGGACUUGAGGGAGGACCGGGCGCGGCUCUGGAGCUCAUGCUGCUGUUUCCGCGCGCGGAGAACGCGCGCGCGGCGCUGCUGGCGCACUACAGCGACGAACUGACGCGAUGCCUGGACGGAAUCGAUGGGGCGUCGCGCGCGGGGGAUGACGCCAAAACCGCCGUCGCCGUCGGCGCUGUCUUCUGGCUCGCGAGACGUCUCGACGUUCGCGGAACCGACGCCAAGCCCCACGCUCCGUCGUUCGACGAGAUCGAGCGCGUGCUGACCCCGAUGGUGCGCGCGAGGGCGGCGACGGAGGCUGCUGCGGCGUUCUCACCGACGGCCGGCGCCGGCGGGGCGAGUUCAUCGAGUGGAAUCGCCGAGCUAGCCGCCAAACUAGCCGCCGUCGCCGCCGCCGCGCGAGCGCAGCUCUCGUGCCUCUCGUCGCUGCCCGAGCGCCCGGGGGGCGAGUUCAUCGCGCGGGUCUACGGCGCACCGGCCGCUGCCGUCGUGGGCGAGGCGCUCGACGACGUGCUGGACGCGAUGACGCGCCACCCAACGGGGGACGACGCCGACGGAGGAGGAGGAGGAGCUACCGGGUCGGUUAAAAACAGUCUCAAAACGGAGGAGGAGGACGACGAGGACGGGAAGGCGGCCCAUCGCGCGUGCGUCGCGGGCGUACGCGCGUGGGCGACGGUGCGCGCCGUCGCCGACGGCUUCGCGCUUGUUACGCUGCCCGCCGCGGUGAACGAUUCGCUCGACGCCAACGCGUGGCGCCCGACGUUGGCGAUUCGCGAUUCUUUAACCGCCCGCGUCGCGUUCGUGCUCGAAGCCGCGUUCGCGUCGAGACGGGAGACGUACGAGUGCACGCUACGACGGUUCGCGUUCCCGUCCGCGGCGACGCUCCUCAAACCGCUGCGACGGUUCGACUUCCCGCACGGAGUGAGGACGCCCGCGACGACGCCGGCGAUGAAGGCGAGCGAGGUUUGGAACGCGUGCGCCGGGGCGCUUCGAGAGGCGGCCGCCGUCGUCUCCGCCAUCGUCGCGAGCCCGCCGCGCGAUGAAGGCGUCGUCGACGUCGUUCGUAACGGUCGUAACGGUCGCGCGGGGGAUCGCGCGGCGGGGGUGGUCGCGACGUGCGUGGCGUGCCUCGAGCGGGUAGCGUUGGUCGCGGAAUAUGCGCUGCGAGGGGACCUGAACGUUACUGACGAUGUAACGGCCCAGAGUUUUCAGAUGGGUUUCGACGACGCGUGGACGGUGAUGAGCGCGGCGUCUCGGGCGCGUCGGCUGGCGCGCGGGUGCGAGGCGGCGGUGACGGAGGGGUCGCCCGUUGGUUGGUCGCACGGCGGGUCGGACACAGGGUCGGACACAGGGUCAGCCUUCACAGGCUCGGAGUCGCGUGUCGUCGCCGCCGCGAAGACGGCGGCGGCGCUGGCGACGAAACUCGACCGCGUCGCCGGCGCCGCGGAGGCGAGGGCGAUUCGCGCGUUGCUCCGCCCGGCGACGAUGACGCUCGAGGGCGCCGCGUCGCAGCCCUGGAGGUGGCACAGGAAACCGGAGUGCAUGCCGAACGAGCCGCCGUGGUCGCCGCACGUCGACGCGUGGGCGACAUCGGUGGACGCGGCGGCGGCGCGACUCGCCCGCGUUAAAUCGCGCGACGUGUCCGGGGCGAGGAUGAUCGCCGCGUUGGCGACGCUCGCGGCGGCGGAGGCUGCGGGGGUGUACCUCCGAACGACGCCGUCGAGGGCGUGGAGGGACCGGUUCGCGUGGGAUUGUCGACGCGUCGCGACUGCCAUUCGCGACGUGGAUGUAUACGUCUACGACGCCUCCUCGGUCGAUGCCCAGGGUCGAUACCCAGUCGGGGAAUCAGACUCUCUCGGCCGAUCGCGGCGGGUGGCGAUCGCCAAGGCGCUCGUGACGCGCGCCGCGUUACUUCGCGCCGACGUCCACGAGGUGAUCGAGCUCCUCCCCGAGCUCGCCGCACACGUGGGGCUGGGCAUGGCGAAAGUGGCGACGGGACACGGCGCCGACGACGUCGCGUCGAUCGCGCGGGGGCACCCCUGGGGACCGGGACCGUCCCCCGAGGAGCUGUGGGACGAGGAGGAGCUUUGGGACCAAGAGGUUGAUGGAGGGGACGGGGAGGACGGGGACGGGGACGGGGACGAAAAGUCGGCACCCGGGGACCCGUGGCGGUGGCUUCCUCGCGACGCGGCGACGCGGCCCCGACCGACGACGAGCGCCGAGGUGCUCGAGCUCGACGCGUCGUGGCGCGCGGCGGAGGAUGCGCUCGCGAGGACGGCUCCCAUCGCCUCGGUUCACGCGGCGCUGUGGCGGCGGAGCGAGCUGGCGGACGACGACCAGACGCCGCUCGACGAGGCUGAGGCGGCGGGUAAGGAGGCUGUUCGGGCGGAGAUCGAGAGGCGCGGCGGCGGGGUCGCGGCGGCGGGGGCGGACGACGGCGGGUUCGGGGGUUGGGGAGACGGCGUCGAAUUCUACUGA